AAGUCAGUCGGUUUUUCUUUUUUCUUGAAGCACUUACAGGAACACUCUACCUGAGACGCUGCUCUGUUGUUACAUCUCCCAGCAUGACAUCUCACAUGAGGCUUGUGCUGCAUUUGCUAUUGCUGUUCAUAUUUGCUGUGCAGGAGGUCAGGCUGGUGUGUGUGGAAGUAGCAUCAGACACAGAGGCCAUCAUAGGCCGUGUUAUGAAGUUAACCUGCAGCUACUGCAUGAAACGAGAGGAGAUCUCUGCCGAGACCAAAGUGGACUGGUUCUUCACUGGAGAAGAUAAAAGAAAAGUGCUUAUCUAUCAGUAUGAUCGUGAGCCACAGGAGCCAAAGGAUGUAGAAAUGUACUGGAAGGGCCGUCUGACAUGGAACGGCAGCAAGGACCUGCAGGACGUCUCAAUUAGCAUCCUAAACGUUACCCUUAAAGACUCUGGCACAUACGAAUGUGAGGUGUCACGCUUCUUUGAGUUCGAUUCAUUCAAGCAUUCCACCACCAAGAAAACCACAAUCAAUCUUAAGGUAAAAAUGAAAGCCUACUUAUUGGAAGGCAGGAAGUUGUUUUCAGGGCUUUAUCUAAGCAGCCACUUACCUCUCUAUCUGUUGUAAGGGGUAAUGUAAAGAUUCUGGUUUGUAUGCUAUUCUCUGGAUGCCUGAGAUGCCUGCUGAAUGCAGAGUACUUCCUCUCACUUCAAUCGAAUAUACUUUACCUAAUGUAUAUUUGUCUGUAUUUAAUCAUGCAACCGCAAUGCAUCAUCUCUAUCUGCGACUGUCUCAGUUCGCAGAUAGAAAUAGACCGUGUUGUAUUUAAGUGGUGGGUUUCGAAGAUAUUUUGAAUAUUGCAAGCAGCCUUCCAGAACCACAAACUUACAGUACAACUCUGGUUUUACAUUCCAUGCCAUUUUAGAUCUAUUCACUGCAGUGCAUGAGACAUAAAUACUAUUUAUAAUGUGAUCACAGGUCCUUUUUGACAACUGUAAGAGAUUUUGUAGAAUUGUACAAACAUGUUUUUUUUUCUAUUAAAUGUCACAUGCUCUGCACUCUUGUUGAUGUAUACAGUCUUUCAGUCAGUCAUAUGACCUUUGAGUCUCAUUGUCCUCCAAGGGAAAGUUAAAAUGAAGUACAGUUUCAGAGCAUGUUUGUUUCAUUGUGUGGUUUUGUGUUUGCAUGCUAAUGAUUUGCCAUAAUUUGUCUUCUAAGGUUCAGACAGAAAAAAUUAUUUAUCCAUUUCUACCCAAUGAACACCUAAAUGAAUUAACUUAAAGUGAUAGUUCACCCAAAAAUGUAGUCAUCAUUAACUUAUCCUCAUGUCUUUCCAGACAUGUCUUCCUUCUUAAGAAAACAAAAGAAGAUAUUUUGAUGUAUGUUGGAAACCAAACAGUUCUGGUUCCCAUUUACUUCCAAUGCAUGGAUACAGCUGAAGUAAAAAGGAACUGAAAAUUGUUUGGUUACCAACAUUCUUAUUUAUUUAUUUUUUAAUGUUCCAAAAAAAGAAGGUCAUACAGAUUCGGAAAGACAAGAGGGUGAGUAAAUGAUGACUGAUAUUUCAUUCUAGGGCAAACUAUCCCUUUAAUAAAAAUCAGCUUAAAUAAAAAUUAUUCAUAUGAUAAAAAUGAUUCAUAUGAAUUCUUGCCAGCAGUUGAUUCAUUCUGAUUAUCACAGAACUUCUAUGCAUACCUUGUUUUUAUACAUAUAACAAUAAAAAAGAAAAAAUAAAUCCUCAGAAAAAAGGGGUUACAUUUUUUUACAGUAUAUGAAGCCACUCACUCAUAAAUGUACCACCUGGAUGCAAAGCAUGACAUCUCUGAGGUUACUUAUAGUUGCACUUGGUUAUAGUUCCUGAUGACCUGAAAUAGCUUUAAUAACUCUCCUAGUGCAUUACAUCAGUGCAGCUAUAUUUUGACUUUUCCACUCAUGCAUUCUGCACUUUUGUCCUCAUUUUCACUUGAGUUACUUUCUGGAUGAAUUCAUCAAAAAAACAUCCUAAGUGGCACAGUAUAUCAGUCUUAACAGACUUCCAUUGAUUGCUUAAUUAGUUGUAUAAAAUUCCAUCUGAUCGCAUAUUUUCAUUUUCUCAGCGAGUGAAGACACCACGGCGUUGUACUCAGAGAUCAUGAUGUAUGUGCUGCUGGUGUUCCUCACAUUCUGGUUGCUGAUGGAGAUGAUCUACUGCUACAGGAAGAUCUCCAAAUCUGAGGAGCAGACGCAGGACACUG